CUGCCCUCCCGCCAGUUCCCGUUCCGGGCCUGCGAGGCGGCCGCUCCCGCCCUGCCCUUGCGCAGUUGCGGGCGCUGAGCCCUCCCUUCCCCGGCCACGGCGCUCUCCGGCCCUGGCUCUUACUCUCGCUUCUAGCUGCUGCGAAGUCUGCAUACCCGGCGGCCAAGGGCAGUCAGUUGCAUGUCACACAAAGGGCCUCCUUUCAUGUAUCCACAAGGGCUGAACUUGUUUCUAGAAAAACUCUUCAGCGCAUCAAGUGUUCAUUGAAAGCAGGUGUUUCUUCCAAACUUGACUCUUGUGGUAAGAGGUGGCCGUAAAUUGGGAGACUUUUCCUUAAGUUUUUGCCUUUGAUGGCAAGAGGUGGAGAUGCCUGUGGUGGUUAUUACAGGAAGAUCUGGGAAGGCAAGUCACUGUUUUUAUGGGAGUCACAGGCUUGGCAGAGACAGAAGCAAUUCCAGAAAGAAAUUGGGAAUUGAAGAGUUAAGAAGAAGAUGUUGUUUUAAAAUAUUCUGACUUACUUCAGAGAAUGAUGCCAGAAACUUAAAAAGGGGCUGCACCGAGAGGCGGGGCCCUGGAGGGAUGGCCCUAAAUCCUGCUUGCCCUUCUGUGGGGAGGACACACGCAGCCGAAGAUGAAUUUGGGAAAAGUAGCCGCUUGCUACUUUAACUAUGGAAAAGCAGGGCCACGGUGAGAUGGAAAUAAUCCCGUCAGAUUCUCACUCCUACAUUAAGUUGUUGAAAAUCAACCGGGAACUUCUGGUGACGCACAUCCGUAACAUUCAGUGUCUGGUGGACAACUUGCUGAAGAAUGACUACUUCUCAGCCGAAGAUGCGGAGAUCGUGUGUGCCUGCCCCACCCAGCCCGACAAGGUCCGCAAAAUUCUGGACCUGGUACAGAGCAAGGGCGAGGAAGUGUCCGAAUUCUUCCUCCACGUGCUCCAGCAACUCACGGACGCUUACGUGGACCUCAGGCCUUGGCUGUCGGAGAUCGGCUUCUCCCCGUCCCCGCUCAUUCAGGGCAAAACUGUGCUCAACACCGACCCAGUGAGCAGGUACACCCAGCAGCUGCGACACCACCUGGGCCGCGACUCCAAGUUCACGUUGUGCUAUGGCCAGAAGGAGGAGCUGCUGCUGGAGGAGACGUACACGGACACCAUCAUGGAGCUGGUCGACUUCAACAACGAGAGCCUGGGCAGCCUGGGCGGCCUGGCCUGCCUCCUGGACCACGCCACGGGCGUCCUGGACGAGCAGGGCGAGACGGUCUUCAUCUGCGGCGACGCUGGCGUGGGCAAGUCCAUGCUGCUACAGCGGCUGCAGAGCCUCUGGGCCACCGGCCAGCUGGACGUGGGGGUCAAAUUCUUCUUCCACUUCCGCUGCCGCACGUUCAGCUGCUUCAAGGAAGGUGACACGCUGUGUCUGCAGGACCUGCUCUUCAAGCACUACUGCUACCCGGAGCAGGACCCCGAUGAGGUGUUCGCCUUCCUGCUGCGCUUUCCCCACGUGGCCCUCUUCACCUUUGACGGCCUGGACGAGCUGCACUCGGACUUGGACCUGAGCCGCCUGCCCGACAGCUCCUGCCCCUGGGAGCCCGCCCACCCGCUGGUCCUGCUGGCCAACCUGCUCAGCGGGAAGCUGCUCAAGGGCGCCAGCAAGGUGCUCACGGCCCGCACAGGCGUGGAGGUCCCGCGCCAGCUCCUGCGGAAGAAGGUGCUCCUCCGGGGCUUCUCCCCCUGCCACCUGCGGACCUACGCCAGGAGGAUGUUCCCGGAGCGGGCGGUGCAGGACCGCCUGUUGAACCAGCUGGAGGCCAACCCCAACCUCUGCAGCCUGUGCGCCGUGCCCCUCUUCUGCUGGAUCAUCUUCCAGUGCUUCCGGCACUUCCACACCGCCUUCGAAGGCUCGCCACAGCUGCCCGACUGCACGGUGACCCUGACCGAUGUCUUCCUGCUGGUCACCGAGGUCCACCUGAACAGGAUGCAGCCCAGCAGCCUGGUGCAGCGGAACACACGCAGCCAGGCGGAGACCUUCCGCGCUGGCCGGGGCACCCUGUGCUCGCUGGGGCAGGUGGCCCACUGGGGCAUGGACAGGAGCCUCUUCGUGUUCAGCCAGGAGGAGGUGCAGGCCUCUGAGCUGCAGGAGGGAGACCUGCAGCUGGGCUUCCUGCGCGCCCUGCCGGAGCCGGGGCCCGGAGGGGACCGGCAGUCCUACGAGUUUUUCCACCUCACCCUCCAGGCCUUCUUCACAGCCUUCUUCCUCGUGGUGGACGACAAGGUGGGCACUCAGGAGCUGCUCAGGUUCUUCCGGGAGUGGACGCCUCCUGGGGAGGCCGUGGCGGCGUCCUGCUGUCCUUUCCAGUGCCUGGGCGGUGGCGGCCUGGCAGGCGAAGAGCCUUUCAAGAACAAGGAUCAUUUUCAGUUCACCAACCUCUUCCUGUGCGGGCUGUUGUCCAAAGCCAAACAGAAACUCCUGCGGCACCUGGUGCCUGCGGCGGCCCUGAGGCGCAAGCGGAAGGCCCUGUGGGCGCACCUGUUUGCCAGCCUGCGGUCCUACCUGAAGAACCUGCCCCGAGUCCAGAGCGAGUACUUCAACCAGGUGCAGGCCAUGCCCACCUUCAUCUGGAUGCUGCGCUGCAUCUACGAGACGCAGAGCCAGAAGGUGGGGCGGCUGGCGGCCAGGGGCAUCUGCGCCAACUACCUCAAGCUGACCUACUGCAACGCCUGCUCGGCCGACUGCAGCGCCCUCUCCUUUGUCUUGCACCACUUCCGCAGUCGGCUCGCCCUCGACCUGGACAACAACAACCUCAACGACUACGGCGUGCGGGAACUGCAGCCCUGCUUCAGCCGCCUCACCGUCAUCAGACUCAGCGUAAACCAGAUCACUGACGACGGUGUAAAGGUGCUGUAUGAGGAGCUGACCAAGUACCGGAUUCUGACAUAUUUGGGUUUAUACAACAACCAGAUCACUGACGUUGGAGCCAGGUACAUCUCCAAAAUCCUGGAUGAAUGCAAAGGCCUCACGCACCUGAAACUGGGAAAAAACAAAAUAACGAGUGAAGGAGGGAAGUGUCUCGCCCUGGCUGUGAAGAACAGCAAAUCAAUCUUUGAGAUUGGGAUGUGGGGCAAUCAACUUGGGGACGAAGGAGCAAAGGCCUUCGCAGAGGCUCUGAGGAACCACCCCAGCCUGACCAACCUGAGUCUUGCAUUCAACGGUAUCACCACAGAAGGAGGAAAGAGCCUAGCACGGGCCCUGCAGCAGAACGCGUGUCUGAAGAUAUUCUGGCUGACCAAAAAUGAACUCAACGAUGAAGUGGCAGAGAGUAUGGCAGAAAUGUUGAAAGUCAACCAGACGUUGAAACAUUUAUGGCUUAUCCAGAAUCAGAUCACGGCCAAGGGGCUCGCCCAGCUGGCGGAUUCGUUGCAGAGUAACACUGGCAUCAUGGAGAUUUGCCUAAAUGGAAACUUGAUAAAGCCAGAGGAGGCCAAAGUCUUUGAAGAUGAAAAGCGGCUUGUCUGUUUCUGAGACGAUGCUUUUCUGUGCUUGGGGUCUUCGCCGGGAGGUCCUUAGCAGCAAGUCCGUGUGCAGCCCCCUCCUGUCAGAUGUCUUCCCGGGGCCUGCCGGGGGGGGGGGACUGUCAACCUCCUUUGCAGACGCUUUGACUGGCCAACUCCCUCAGCAGCUGUCGCGAUUGUGCAGAGAAGGAGCGAGAGCGGUUGUGGUUGCUGUAAACACCCUGCGGAGAGACUUCGUUGCAUACCCAUAAUUACUUUUAUCUGAAGCGAGGGGCAGAAGACUUGGAGGACAGAGGAGGCCAGCCUCCGCUCACGCCGACGCCUGCCCUAAGACCUGCAGGAGUGAGUUUGUUGCUGCUGUUUUCAUCGGAGAGUUGAAGACCUGGUGCCAAGUUGGUGCCAAGCUUCUUGGAACAAGGCACUUGAUGGACAAGAAGUGUUACAUGUGAGCCAUCCCCUCCUCCCCAGAGCCUGCCCCCUAUCGUAUUAUCCCCACUUCACAGCUGUGGAUCCUGAGGGGUGCACAGUGUGGGGAGUUGGGGUCAAAAAAAGAACUCGCCCCAGGCUUUUUACCCUAGUCCCAGAGUCUCACCAUCUGCUUACAGGGCUCAGAGGGGCCUCUCGGCUGGUCCGAGAGAAAGGGCGGUGCCUUCACAGUGCCGAGCUUCAUAGGGCUCUGUGUCGCUGAUCUCUUGUGGAGGGCGGGACACUCUGGGGACCCCGCCUCAGGAGGAGCAGUCAGUGCCUGCCACCCAGAGGAACAAGGCACUGCUUGCCAUUUUGGCUCCAGCAUCCAAAUGGAAACUGUUUUCUCCUUUGCUUUUUAUUAAAAAAAUUUUUUUUAUCUUCAAAAACUGGUGCCAUAGUCUCUCCCUUGCCUCUUGAGAAAGGGAAGUCUCUUCCUGCCCCGCGAGCAGUUGGAGGGUGACUGAAUAGGAGCCCAGACACAGAGGG